UCGGUUGUGUCUGGAAAAUAAACGAACGGAAGAAAACUUGGAACGGGAUAACGGAAAGAGAAUCCGCAGCUAUUGACAUAAUAUGUAAUUAUCCUAACAUAUCGUGUCAAUGAAAGAGGGUUGAGAGAAAAAAGUUGAAGAAUUUGAGAGAGUCUGCGCACCUUCAACAUUUACUCAAUUCAAUGUGUCAGCGUGUAAGAAAAACGAGUGGAAGGGGAAAGUGCAAUGAGGAAGUGAUGAGCGAAUGCACGGUGUUUGCAUAUACCUAAAUAUUUUAUAUACUACUUGAUUUGAAUGCUACUACUACGUUAUACGAGUAUAUACAUGUGUGAGUACCAUGUGGAGUGUAGUGAUAACGACAGAGUUCAUACGUCGUUAAAUAGUGAAAAAAAAAACAAAAAGGAGCAUAAAGCGUACAGCGUACAGUGAAUAAAAUGGACUCGAGUCCCCACUGAAAUAUCACUGCAAGUGUAGUGAAGAAUUUAAAAAAUGAAGAAAUAUUACGAGUAAAAAGGCAAAAAGUGCAAAAAACGAUGCAUGAAAACCGACGCUCCAGCAUCAGCGCGAAAAGCAACGAAUGAAAGUCAUAGACACAACUUAAGGUGCCAAAUGCCUUUAUCGAAUAUGGUACAUAUAUGGUAUACAAGUAGCCGAGGCAAAUUAGUGAAUAAAUUAUUUUAUAAAAAAAAAUGUUUUAAAAGUUACAAAUCAAAGAUUCAAAGAUUUGUUCAAAGUAAUGGUGUUAAUUGAAGCAAAUUGAGGAUAAAAGAUAAUACUUAAAGAAGAUAUAUAAAAAAAAUAUUUUGGUGCUUGAAACAGUGUAUACAGCAGAUAUGGAAUAUUGGCUUCAAAUAUGGUUAGAAAACAACUUCUUGGUUUGGUAAAGAGGUGAUCUAAGCAUAUUGAAGGAAAUAUGUUCGUGUACUUACACAAUAUAUCAAGUUGUACUAGACGUAUUAAUGAAACACAGCUCGUUUGCCAUUCGCACAACGUACUUAUUAUUCGUUUCAAUACUUAUGAUUCGCUGGAAAGUUUUCUUUAGGAUAAGGUGGCAACUUCAAAUUCAAGCAAUAAAAACCAGCAAGCAAUGGAAGAGUUAAUAAUACUUUCAAAUAUAACAGCCUUUUUUAAAUACUUAUAAUAUGUACAAGAUAACGAAAAUACUGCAGACAGAUCUAUUGACAAAUCCGUGUAACAUACAUACAUAUAUCCCUUCGCAGUUAUGUUCGACGAGCAUUCUUAAAGUGAAAGUUGGUUACCCGGUUAUCUUCGCAUGCGUUCAUUAGAAAAAAAACAUAAAGUGGUACCAGUGCACUGUAAAGUCAAAUUACAGUUGUUUAAAAACCAAACCAUAAAAAAUAUUUAACAAAAUAAUAUUUAAUAGGUGAUAAAGUGCACAUCACAUCAUUGAAAUUUAUAAUUUACAAUAUGUCAAAAAACAAGUAACUUUACGCCAAUAAUUGAUUUCACAAGACACCAAUGGAGACGAGAUGGAACCAUGUUAAGCGGCACUAAGCAGUACAUUGACAGAAUUAUCUACCAAGAUGUAUGAAAUAUGUAAUGGAAAGGCCAAUUCUUCAUAAAAAUGGGGUUACAUUGCCUUGUUAAGGCUAUAUUGAUCGUAUAUGCCAUUAAAGCUGAUUUUAGCUUAAUUGCAAAUGGGCUAGACUUGCAAGGACCGAUAUUUCUACAUGAACCACUGCAUCGUAUUGAGUUUUCAAAUAAUACAGGCGGCUUAAUAGAAUGCUCUGGACAUGGAAGCCCUCCACCAGAGGUGGAAUGGACUCCAAUACCUCCCCAACAGGACAUGGUCUUCACACUCUCCAAUGGUAGCCUAAUGUUUUAUCCGUUUUCAGCAGAAAAGUAUAGGCAUGAAGUACAUGCUACAGUUUACAGAUGUAAAUUAAGAAAUCUUGUUGGUACGAUACUGAGCAGGGAGGUGCACGUGCGUGGAGUUGUCAACCAAAAAUAUACAGUGCAAGUUCAUGAUGAAUAUGUGAUGUCUGGCAACACGGCUGUUUUAAAGUGCCAGGUGCCCAGCUACAUGUCUGAAUUUGUUAUGGUAACAGCUUGGGUUCAAGACACUGGCAUGCAUCUCUAUCCUAACACGGACAUUGGUGGAAAAUAUACAGUGCUAUCAAAUGGCGAACUCUAUAUAAAUAACGCGGGGACAAAUGACGCAUUUAAGAGUUACACCUGCCGCACUGUGAAUCGACUAACAGGUGAAAUUCAAAUAUCUACAUAUCCUGGACGCAUCAUUGUCACAGAACCAAAAGGUAUGGUGCAACCGCGCAUAAACGUCGAAAAGCACUCACUUCGACAUGUUAUGCUUAAUGGACAAACAACACUGCCUUGUAUCGCUCAAGGUCAUCCUGUGCCAACUUAUCGCUGGUUCAAGGAGGAAAACGAACAACUAUUGCCUCUGCAGCUAAGUGAGCGCAUUACAAUCGUUUCUGCAGGAUUGUUAAAGAUAGCGAAGGCCCGUCUAGAAGAUAGUGGAAAAUAUCUUUGUUGGGUUAACAACACUGCCGGCGAGGAAACAAUUCAAGUGUCAUUAACGGUAACGGCACCCUUAACAGCACAUCUGCAGCCUCAGGUACAAACAGUGGAUGUGGACAAGGAUGCGCAAUUUCAAUGUAUAGUGUCCGGACAUCCGGUGCAUGAUGUCAAUUGGUUACAUGACGGAAAACCAAUAUUGCGUGACAAUCGAGUAGAGAUACUAACUGACCCACCAAGACUGAUAAUUAAGAAAGUGCAAAAGGACGAUCCUGGGAUGUAUCAGUGCUUUGUUUCGAAUGAGUGGGAGCAGAUUCAGUCGACAGCUGAACUACAACUGGGAGAUGCAUCUCCAGAAUUACUUUAUUGGUUUUCGGAGCAAACAUUGCAGCCCGGACCCACUGUGUCGUUAAAAUGUGUAGCAACUGGAAAUCCUUUACCGCAAUUUACAUGGUCACUCGAUGGAUUCCCGAUUCCGGACAACUCUCGAUUUUUGGUUGGUCAAUAUGUAACCAUACAUGAUGACGUUAUCAGUCACGUGAACAUAUCAAACGUCAAAGAGGAAGAUGGCGGCGAAUACGCUUGUACAGCACAAAAUUCAAUUGGGAAAGUAUCACAUAGCGCUAAGGUGAAUAUCUACGGGCUUCCAUUUAUUCGAGAAAUGCCUAAAAUAACUGGUAUCUCAGGCUCAGAUUUAACAGUAACGUGCCCUGUAGCAGGUUAUCCAAUAGAUAAAAUUCAUUGGGAGCGUGAUGGUCAAACACUGCCUAUAAAUCGCAGGCAGCGCGCAUACAACAACGGCACUCUAAUAAUAGAGCAACUGCAGCGACUCGAGGAUGCUGGAACUUACACAUGCAUGGCUCAAAAUAAACAGAAGCAAACUUCGCGCCGUAACGUGGAAAUACAAGUUCUAGUUCCCCCAAAAAUAAUGCCAAUUCAGGCAAUGACGAAUAUGUUGCGUGAAGGAAUGCGGGCCGCGAUUUCUUGCCAGAUACUGGAGGGAGAUUUGCCAGUGAGUUUUCGUUGGGAGCGUAAUGGAAAACCAUUAAUAGGAACAGGGAAUGAGGUAUUUCGUCGAUUAGAUGAAUACUCUGCCAGUUUAGUGAUAGAACAUAUUACCUCGGAACACUCGGGCAACUAUACAUGUAUUGCCAGUAAUAUUGCCGGUUUGGAACGCUUCACUGUACCGCUAACAGUGAAUGUGCCUCCAAAGUGGAUAUUGGAACCAAAAGACUCAAGCGCGCAGGCUGGACAAGAUGUUUUACUACAUUGUCAGUCUUCUGGAUAUCCAAAACCAACAAUAACAUGGAAAAAGGCAAUCGGUCCGACACCGGGAGAAUAUAAAGACUUUUUAUAUGAACCUACUGUGCAACUCUUUCCGAAUGGCACGAUAUACUUUAAGAAGAUAAAUAAGGAGUCACAGGGGCACUUUCUCUGUGAGUCAAAAAACAAUAUCGGCUCAGGUGUCAGCAAAGUAAUUUUUCUAAAAGUGAAUGUACCCGCUCACUUUCAAACGAAAACUAAGCAGAUUUCAGUGGCGAAAGGAAAGCAGGUGCACAUUCAAUGUAAUGUUCAGGGUGAUAAUCCUAUCGACAUCAAAUGGAAAAUGCACGCAACACAGCAGUAUUUAGAUGAGUCACUCGAUUCCAGGUAUACCAUUCGAGAUCAAAUAUUAGAUGAUGGGAUGGUCUCUGAAUUGGGCAUUUCACAUACGUAUCGACAAGAUACUGGGAUUUAUAUAUGCCAAGCUAGCAAUGCAUUUGGUCAGGAUGAAAUGUCGAUUCAGUUAAUUGUACAGGAGGUUCCAGAGCAACCGAAAAAUUUGCGUAUUAACUCACAACAAUCACGCAGUCUGCAACUUACUUGGAGUCAGCCCUUCGCUGGAAACAGUCCAAUCGAAGGAUAUCAUAUAUACUAUAAACAAAUUUCUGAUAUUUGGCAAAAUGCAGAGCAUAUCGCGAUCACGGGUGGACAAACGGUUGUUAAUAUACAAAACUUACGUCCAGCUAAAGCUUACCAUUUUCGGAUGACUUCUGAAAAUAAAUUGGGUGCGUCCGAGUAUUCAGAGGUCGUACAAGUAACCACACUGGAGGAAGUUCCUUCGGGACCACCGUUGAAUGUGCGCGCAGAAGCAAAGAGUUCGACUGAGAUAUCAGUCACUUGGGAUGCGCCAGAACGCGAUCAUUGGAAUGGAAUAUUGCUUGGCUACUAUGUUGGAUAUCAGAUGUCGUUGUCACCUGAAGACAAAGAGGUGAAUCCUACCCAAGGGUUUAGCUUUAAAACUGUGGAAGUGCGCUCACAUUUUGGCGGUGAAACUGUAUUGAGUAAUUUAAACAAAUAUACACAGUAUCAUGUUAUUGUACAAGCGUACACAAGUCAAGGUAGUGGGCCACCAAGCAGAGAGAUUGCCGUGCAAACAAUGGAAGAUGUGCCUUCUUCACCUCCAGAGAGUCCUCAAUGCGACGUGCUUGGAUCAACUUCAAUUUAUAUAACAUGGUCACCACCAGAUGUUGAUGGACAAAAUGGCAAGAUCAAAGGAUACAAAGUAUUUUUUAUAUCUGUUAAUGAAUUAUACGAAACGGAUCCCGAUGUUGUGAAGUCAACCAAUCAAUAUGUUACCAUAGAAAACUUACGCAAAUAUACUAAUUAUACGGUGUGGGUACUCGCAUAUACCAAGAUUGGAGACGGCACGAAAACGAAACCAUUUCACUGUCGCACACAUGAGGAUGUACCUUCGGCGCCCCAAGCCAUCAAAGCGAUACCUGCAUCCAGCACUAAAAUCAUUAUUUCUUGGCUGCCACCGGAAUUUCCUAAUGGCGAUAUUACCGGCUACACUUUCUAUAUGUCCAUGUUGGAGGGGGGUCGUGAAGAAGGCACUCACAAGCGCAUACUUGGUCCCUUUGUUGAAAUGCACGAGACUCAACGCACACAAGAAUCCGCCACAUAUCAAUUCUGGUUAACAGCGUCUACGAAAAUUGGUGAGGGUGAGAAGACACAAGUUGUUACUGUACCACCGAACAACAAAGUGCCCGCACGCAUUGUAUCUUUUAGUCAGCGUUUAAUAAGUCCCUGGAAAGAGCACCUUGAAUUGCCUUGCCUCAAAGUUGGUUCACCAGCGCCCGUUACAAUUUGGCGGCAAGAUGGUCAUAAUAUGGAUACGAACUCACGCAAGGUUAUUGCGAAGAACGGCACUCUUUAUAUACGUGAAUGCCAGUCUAGCGACGCUGGUAAUUAUACGUGCAGUGUCGAGAAUACAUGGGGAAAGGAUGAGAUUAUCUAUAACAUUGUUAUAAAAGUACCACCAGAAGCACCCAACUUAACGGUGGUGAAUAGUUAUACAGAUAGUUUACAUCUUGAAUGGAUGGACAAUAGUCACGGUGGAAGCCCUAUUCUUGGUUAUGUAAUAAAUUAUAAGCGUGAAAAUGGUGAUUGGGAGGAAUUGCAAGUGGAUGCUAAAACAAACUCACAUUUAUUAACAAAUUUAUGGUGUGGGACACGUUAUCAACUCUACAUAACUGCUUACAACAAAAUCGGUACAGGGUUGCCGUGUGACAUUGUGAAUUCUUACACAAAAGGAAAUCCACCAGUACAACCGAAACAUUCGCAAAUGAUCACGAACAAUUCGACCAGUGUCACAUGCUGGCUGGACUCAUGGGGCGAUGGAGGGUGUGGCAUUUUAUACUUCAUGAUUGAGUCUAGGGUGUUUGGGAGAUCCCAAUGGAAUGUUAUCUCAAAUCAUAUUCCUCCGACUGAACGCAUUUAUACGGUUAGUGAUUUAGUUCCUGGCACUAAAUAUCAACUAAAAGUUACAGCUCACAAUAAUGCUGGCUCUACAACAGCAGUGUACAAUUUUACAACACUCUCGUCACAAGGAGUUAUAUAUUCAACAGAUCACGCGAAUCCUGUAUCUCACAUGAGUGAUGGUCCCUUUUAUGCGAACUUUAAGGUGCUACUUCCUGUAUGUCUUUCAAUGUUUAUGCUAUUAGGUAUAAUAGCAGCGGUGCUACUUAUUCGUAAACGAAAAAUUGACAAUCAAGCGCGUUUGGCCUCUUCCUCAAUGUCCGAGUCUCCAUCUCUGGCCAAUUUGCAAAAUAAACAAAAUCGAGAUCAGCAGUACUUGGCCGUGCGUUGCAACCCUGGUAGUGGACCUACACGUGGUUCGCAUUCAAACGACUCAGGUAGCUUUGGCAAGGCUGAAGGCAAUGAAUACAUAGAAGAUAUCUGUCCAUAUGCAACAUUCCAACUAAAUAAACAAACAUACAGCGAAAGCUCAUAUAGCGGUAAUGUAUACAGUGGACCGUACCACUCUGUGCGUGGCUCAUUUGUGUAUCACGAUGUAAAACCAGAUAAUUAUCAUUCGAAAGAGCCAGAGUAUACAAAGGUGCGUCGGAAAGUUGGGCGUUUACGGGAUCCGCAUUCCGAAAGUCAAGAAUCGGACAAUCCAGGUUCAACAGAUUCCGAAGUUAGGAAAAUCCUAACUCUUCACAUACCAAUUACAGAAUAUGACACAUUAGGAUCCGAGUCCGACAACGACGUGUCUACCCGAGGAAUCAACUCUGCGAAGUAUCGUACUCAACGUGAUACUCAAGAUGAAACAUCUUCAUCGUCUGAGACAACACCGACAAGCUUAUCGAGAAAAUCGAAACCCCCAUUUGUAGCUCGUAAGAGCGGAAAAUCAGGUACAAGUGGCAAACGCCAUGUGCGCAGCUCCAGCGGUUAUUCAAGUCACAACGAAGAAACAACGUUUAGCAUAUCCAACUAUCCACAAAAUUAUCAGGACCACAUAAAUCCACCAGCGCGUUUUUCCGACUCUAAUGAUAAAUCCAAGGCUCAAACUUCACCUCGGGUACGUGGCAAUCAGAAACUACAAAGAGAAGCCUUUCAAAUUAAUGUGUAACAUCAACGGACCAAAGCCGUGCUGAACUGCGAAACAGAACAGAAGGACGCAUAGUGAUCAUUGCCAAAUAUCUAUAAAAUCGGAAUGUGAAUCUAUUUUAAUUCUUGAGGUCACCUAAUAAAACGAAAUUCUAUUUUGUAGUUUUUCCUCGGUUUUUAGCGCAUAUUUCUCAACUCCCGUUAUUCUAUAAUACUAUAGAUUAGGAAAUUGAUUUUAAUUUAAGAAAUUACGGGAAAUAACAAAAGUUUGAUAAUUAUUUUUAAAAAUCUUCUGAACUAAUAUUACAGCCUAUGUAUCUUACAUAUACAAUAAAAAUAAUACCAAACACAUUAUACGAAAAUGGAUACGUUAAAUGUUUAAGUAAAAAUGCGACAGUGUAUAUACUUACAUUAUAUAUACAAUAAGUCAUGAUAUUAUAAUUUUUGUUUUAGUUUUAAUCACAAGGAAAUCGAAUUACAUUAAUGCACAUAUAUAGUGUGAGUAAUAUAAAUGAAUUAUCUGUUAAACAAAUGUUUUCAUUCAAUCAACUUAUAGUGAAUAACUUUUUGUAUAAGUUUAAUUCAUUAAAAAUGGAUAAAAAAUAAAUAUAAAUCACAAAAAGACUUAUUUACACCAGCAACUUAACUAUAAAAAUAUAUAUAGCAUAACAUAGUUAUUAUAAUAUUUAUUACCGUUUAUAUUAUUCUUCAAUGUUUUUUACUAAGUAGAUAUUAUAAUUUUUUCUAUUAAAAGUCUAGCAUAAGCAAAUAAGAUAAUAAUUAUUGUUAAAGUUGUGACUAUACAAACUUUCCGGAAGAGUUGCAAUAUAUACAUUGUUAUAAAUUGGGCCCUUACUUACCUAAACAUAUUUUUUUUGAAUACGCUUUUGAUCAUUUUUAAAAAUUAUAAAAGUUUUAGGCCCCUAUUAUGAGUUGCAUUUGAUCGGCGACUGUCGAUGGUGAAAAAGUGCUGAAAAUUUUAAUAUACUUUUUGCUGCAUACUUUUUGGAUUCAAGACUCUGACUAUAAACAUUUUUUACUUUAGCAGGUCUACGGUUGUGAGCACAAAAUAUUUAUGAAAUUUUUAAUUUUAAUAAAUGUGAAAAAAUAGUAACGGUUGGAUCAGAGAAUGCGCUCUUUUUCCUUGUUAGUUUUCGUCAUCUUACAUUUUUGGUACCUAACGAUAAUUUCCAUAGGUUUACCGAACUCAUUGUAGGAAGUUGCCAAACAAAAUCAUAAUGGGGGCCUUUGUAAACGGUAUGGUCUUUUAUUCUUAGAAUUGAGAAACUUUAAUAAAAAAUUACUUAGAAAAUAUGUACAUAAACUUCUAGUUUUUAUAGAAAUAUUCGGUGUUGUUGGUUUCAAAAUUGUUUGACAGGGAACUGAGUUUGCAUACGAUUAAAUUUUAUGUGACUAUAUUCGUACCUAAAUGAUAAAUGAUAUAAAACUUUGAUCCCUUUUCACUUCACUGUUUCUGACGUUUUAAGAAGAUAAUAAGUUUCAGUUCAAUAAUCCUUAUCCCUCGUUAUUGUUUAUCCCGAAUCAAUCGAGACAAAAAAUUCUAUAUCAACGGAGUACUGAAAUUCCAGUACAUUGAAAUAAUUAGCGUGGAAACUAAUACGAGUACAUGCAUACCAUAGAACUCAUAAGCCCUAUGUGUGAGGAAGUUAUCAAGCUCGUCAAUUCGGCCUUAAGAAGCUCGUUGAAAUAGAAAUUCCUUGUAGCGCUUUUGGCAAUUAUCCAGCGAUUUAAUGGAUAGCUAAAUACAUAGUUGGCUUAUAGUAAAAUUGUUUGUUAACACCAUGAGCCCUUCACUAAAAAUCUGGUCCAAUGUUAAGUUACGACGCGAUGAAAGGUGAACAGGGCGAGACUAUUUCGGGCCUCCAUUACGGUUUUGAAAUUCCGUGUUAUGGUUUUCAACUACUCAAAAAAUACUUAUGUUAGUUGAAAUGUUGUCAAACUUAAAUCAAGUCCUCAAAUUAGUGCAUUUAUUUUGGAAAACUAUUAACGGCUACUAUUUUAAACAGUUAUUAUGUACAAGUCCCUAGGAAGGCAAAUCUCUUGUUGAGCUUUUGUAGUAAAAUCUCGAAACUGGAUGAGAAAGGCUACAAUUUGGAAAAUUAAAAUAAAAUUAAGGGAACGUGGGAAGUGUUUCGAACGCAGAGAACAGAACAACAGUCGAUACAAUCUACUAUUUGUAGGACUUUUUGAGUAAAAUUAAAUUUAUUUAUUUUUUUGCUCCUUUUGAAUCACUGGUGUUUUAUCCACAACGCAGAAAUAUGGUGUUCAUAAUACAUUAUUUAAAGAAGAUUUUUAGAUUGCUUCAGCACAAAGUUAAAAUCAUUUAAAAUUCAUUAUUGAUGACUACCGGCGGCAAGAAAAUGAAUAGUUUGUGGUAACGUUCCUUCAUCGUUUUAGUUUUAGUAAAAAACUAAUUUUUUUGUGAUUUUACCGAAAAUAACCUAUUAAUCUGACUUACUUGGUGUUUAGAAGUUUGAAUGGAUUUCAGUGAUCACGAAGGCUUCCUUCUUAUGCGCAACUCAUCAGUUUUGGCACCAAUAUGUUUGUCAUCGUAGUAAAAAUCAAAACUAAUGUUCAUUUUAAUAUUUAUUUACCUUAAUUUUAUUUUUCAUUUACAAAUUUUUAGCUGUUUAAUUAUCUGUCAAAUUUUCAUUUUUUAGGUUGGCAACAUAAAUCAAACUUCGAUUGAAUAUAAUUGAAAUCGUAAUACCUAAAACCAGUUGGGUUGAUCUGAAGUUGAAAAAGUCAACCAGAGAAUACGAUAUCCGAUUUAUGAUACUACAUACUAUGAUCCACAUAAUUUCAACUGUUAGUCGAAAAUGACUAUAAAAUCAGCUCAGACAUUGCCCAAUGGGGCUAGGUCAAUGUCUGAGCUGAUUUUAUCAACUUGUGGCAAUGCACAAGUAUACUCGAGAACAUGUUUUUCACACAACUUUAUGCACAUAACUCAAACUCUGAAAUAUUUGAUAUAAAGUAUGCUAAAUAACGAAAAUCUAUUGGCAUAAUUCGUAGACUGUGAGUGUGUACCCUCGGCAUUAAGCUAUAGUAAUGUAUUUCCAAUAUUAUACGUCUAUCAAAUUAUGCUAUUUCAUAUUGACAGAUACAUAUGUAUAUGUAUACAUUAUAAAGCGAUAUUUUCAGUACAAAGCCAUACAGGUCUUGGAAUGUUAUCAUCAGAAUUUUAUAUCCUGAACAGGUUAUACUUCAUUUGUCAUGAUAUUUGUAACACACAGAGGGAAACGUCGGAUACCCUAUAAUAUAAAUACAUAUAUAAAUGAUCAUGCCCAUCUGUCUGUAUAUAUGCGAAAUGGUCCCUCAAUUUUUGAGAU